AUGCCUGGGAAGUGUAGCUUCACUAACAUCCUGAGAAAAAGUACAAACCUCCUCUCAGUUGGAGAGAAGUACACUCCCUACACAAAAAGGAAAGUAGAAGCAAGCAGUUUUACCAUGUCAAAUUCUGAUUCCCCUUCUCUAAAGUGCACCUCUACAAACAGGAGUAUAGUGAAGCAGGCCAUCAGCCAGAACCGCCAACUCCGCCCGCGGCCCUCAAAAGUAGGCGGCGCAGGGAGUCUCCGCCCCCUUCGCCACCGGCGACUCAAACCAAAACAGUUGGGUUUCUCUCCGCAAAGGAAAACCCGAGCGUCCUUCUCGGACGCGACCUACGUGUUUUCUCAGCUUACUGCGCCGGUAAAACCCACACUGCCCUCAAAACAGUCACCCCAGAGUUUAGCCUUGGACACCAGAAGCUUUUCCUUCGGGGGUCGCCAGCGUCACUCGUCCCCAGCCAAAGGGCCCCCGUCCCACACGCCUCCCCCAAAUCGCGAAGGCCUGUCCCGCCGGCCUCCCACCGCGUGGGGCGGCCACCCGUUGCUAUUCCAAAACUCCACAGCUGAUCCGAGUCGCCCACACCCCCGUCACAAUCGCAGUCUGGAAAGGAAGGUUUGUCUUCGGGAAGGAAAGCCUCGUCACUACAGAGACCUCUCCCGAGACCGGCCAGGCCCCUACAAUACAGGGGCUGAAGGGUGUAGCACGAGCCCUAAAAGAGAUGCAGCUGGAGUCCGCCCGGCACAAGGCGCUGCGGUGGACCGGGGAGGCGCCUUACCCAGUGGAAAGACUCCCGGAUCAAGGGAGAAAGUUACGCAGGCUUCCGAUCCUGAUCCGCCAUCAGCCGCCGAACCUCUUCCACCACUACCGCCUACCCCCGAAGACCGGCUACACCUCCCCUCACAGCCGACAGUAGGCCUUGCGUCACUUCCGCCCACGGGGCGGUCUCUUCCGCCUUCUGGCUGGUUCGCAGCUCCCCUCCGCGACGCCACGCCCCCAGCCCACUCCGCCGCGGGACGCCUCAUCCAGCCGUGUGAAGUUUGGCCUAUUAAGGGCAAUUACCCUAUUAAGAAGAUGCCCUAAAUUUGAAGUAUUCUAGCACGUGGUUGAUGAAUUCUUGGCCGUGAGUUUCCGGGUAACGGGAAGUACAUUUGGACCUGGAAGUGAUGUCUUACAAGGGUCUUGCUCCGUCACCCAGGUUGGAGUACAGUGGUGAAAUCAUGGCUCACUGCAGCCUUGACCUCCUGGACUCAAGCGAUCCUCCCACCUCAGCAUCCCGCACCUCCGACCCCCAGUAGCUGGGAUUACAGGCCUGUGCCACCACAUUCAGCUAAUUUUUGUAUUUUUGCUUUUAAAUAGAAAUGGGGUCUCACUGUGUUGCUCAAGCUGGUCUUGAACUCCUGGCCUCAGGCGAUCCACCUGCCUCGGCCUCCUUAAGUGCUGGGAUUACAGGCGUGAGCCACCAUGCCUGGCAAUAGAUCUUUUUGAGGUGGGGUCUUUAGGAGUUGAAGGUGAACUUUAUGGUGAGGAGUUGCUCUUCUACCCUAGUAAUUAAGCUCAUCUGGCAUCAGUCUGUGUGAAAAUACUAAGCAUGUAGCAGGGCACGUCUGCAGGUAUUUUCUUAGGACAAUGGUAUUGAAUGCUAAUGUGUAGGGUGCAUUACAGGGUCGCAGACUUCCUGACUACUGGAUUCUGAGUGACCCCCUGGCCUUUACCUAGAACUUCAAAGUCCUGUACGGUAGCCACUGGCCACAGGUGGCUACUGAGCACUUGAAAGGUAGCUGGUACGAAUUGAGAUGUACUCCAAGCAUAAAAUAGAACCUGGAAUUAAAAGAUUUAGUCUAAAAAAGUGUAAAAUAUAUUGUUAAUCAUUUUUAAAUAUUGAUUAUAUGAAGAAAUACUAUUUUUAGUAUCAGGUUAAAUAAAAUAUAUUAUUAAAAUUAAUUUCACUUAUUUCUCUAUCCUCUUUUGAAAUGUGGCUACUAGAAAAUUUAAAUGGCUCAAAUUAUGUUUCUUUUGCACAGUGCUGCUCCAGAGAAUAGUCAGUGGGAGAGUUAGACUAGUGAAUGUGUGGCCAGAGGCUGUAAAAUCCAAAAUCUAUGAAUAGAUAUUGGGUCUGAGGAGGUGCUCUCUACAAGCAAGGCAUUCAGAAUUGAAUUUCUCCAGUUUGCCUGGAGAUCAACAUACCACAUCCAUUUCAGUCCAGGACUUUCAGCACCAGAGAUGUGUGAGAGGCAAGAUCCAGGGACCAAAUAAGUCUAUUAGUUCAGAGAGUCAUAAAAAAUGUUGUUAAUCAAUUGCUAGGAAACUAAUAUUUAUAGCCAGUAUUCAAACAUCUGAAUUGGGCUUAGAAAAACUGUUUUAUUUCCUGAGAGAGAUGCCCAAGGCUUUAGCCUCCUUAGAGAUCUAACUCUCUGAUGAGCCUCUCAGGGCCUAUUAGUACUGGCUGCAGAGGAAGUGAGUGGAUAAUGACGCCCUAAGGUCACUAUGUGCAGGCCACAGUAUUCCUGACAUAGCCUCUCAUUCUUCCCAAGGAGCAUGGGACACUGCAGCCUGGUUUAAAGUGAGGCGGGGCUUUUCUUUUUCUUCAAGAAUAGUUGGCUAUAUGUUGUGGGCUACUAUACACAUAAUUCAGCAUCUGCCACAAAUGCAUCAUUGAAAGAAUGGGUCAUGUCAGACACUGUAGAGCUAUUAGACUUUGGCUGGAAACAAAUGGAAAAAGCAAAUGGAAAAACAAAUGGAAAACUCAGAACACUGGCCUUCUAACACAAACACUCACCUCAGUGACCAGUCAUAGCCUUUCUUCCCUGAGGAAUCUUUGCCAUGUCAUGGUGGGGGGGGGGGGUGGCAUCUGGAGAGUGUUUGCCAAUCUUGACUCUGUAUCUUUAAGUUGCUUGAUUCACCUAUGCACCUGGAGGGGUAACUUUGGGCACCUAGCAGCAUUUGGGAAGAAUCAAUUCUGACCAAAGCAUUCAGUGGGCUGUACUUCAAUCAGCUUCCUGCUCGGUUUCCCAUUUUGGCUUUCUUUCCCAUUCACUGUCAAGCUGCAGACCUUUGGACUUGACAGUUAUGUCUAGUGACUCCAGCCUCAGACCCUUGGCUCUCCCUCAAGAGAUUUGCCUUAGAUCUGUUCUACCAGAGCUCCUCUACUUGUAUUUCCUUAGAUAUUUAAAAAAACAAAAAACAGUUAACAUAGCAGGCCUGGCUCCUUACCAGGUUUGCCCUUGGCUGACAUCUGCGAACUUGAAUUUGGGAAAGGUUUCUACUAUGCUAACUGAUAAAAGUGGCUUACUAUACCUAAACUGUACAAACAAUGUGAGUUUAUGCUGAAUACCUGCUUUAUUUCUGGGAGUCUGGAAUUUGGUGGUAGGCAGAGGAUGCCUAUGUGAUUUAACCACCAGUAAAACCCUGGGUGCAGAGUGUAUAAUGAGCUUCUCUGGUAGAAAACACUUCCCACAUGUCAUUAUGACUCAUUACUAAGGAGUUAGGCAUGUCUUGUGUGACUUCAUUGGGAAAGAAUUAUCAAAAGCUUGAGCUUGGUUUCCUCUAGACUUUGCUCCAUGUGCUUUUGCCUUUGCUGAUUUUUCUUUGUACCCUUUUGCUGUAAUAAAUCAUAGCCAUGAGUGUGACC